AGUUCAAAAUAAUGCAGAGUAAAAUGUUUUCAUGAAAAUAAUCCAACGUAUUUUUUUUUCCAUAAACGCUAGCUGGGCAUUUCACAAACGAACACUGACAAAGUACAUCAUCAAAGUAAUUCGUUGUAAAAUGUAAUUAAUCAAGAGCUAUAUUUAAAAUAAAAGAGAUUUAUAUAUUAUUUUAAUUAUCAUAGUGACAUUAAUAAUAUUAUUUAAAAUAAAUGGACAGUGAUAAGAAAAAAAGCGCUAAAAGACGUUCCUUGGAGGCCGGCAGAGAAAUGCUGGCCAGAUACAAGGAGUCUCUUAGAAAUGUAAAUUCUUCAAUAGAAGAACCUUCUGAUGAAAGUUUCGUUCUCAAUGAUAAUGUUGAGCAGUCUGUUGAUCAACAAAGCAGUGUGAUGCUCGAAGAUACCUCUUGUAGAGAUACGACGCAGAGCAGCAUCAGUAUGAGUGAGGGAGAAGGUGAUGGCGAUAUUGAUGGUAUGGCUGGUCGUGUAGCAGAGUUGAAGGAACUUAUGCAGGGUAAAGAGGCUAUGAUUGAAUCAUUGAGCGCGGAAAUUGAAAACAUGAGGGCUGAGGCUGGUUCUCCGAAUUCAUCGCAGAGUCAUAACAGCAGCACUCAAUACAAAGACGUUUUAAUUGUAUACAAAAAUAAAUUUUUGGAGUUUGAAGAAGCAAUAAAACAACGUGACGACUGGAUUCAUCACUUGACUGGGUUACUGGAGCAGGCUCUGGCAGCUAGAGAUUCAUUAAAAUCACAAUUGACAACUUUGAAUCCUAUUGCUGUGCCCCGUUGUGAUAUUGAUGGACCAGUUGACAUUAAAAAAAAAAUAAAUGACCUAGAAGAGGCUCUAAAUAAUCAUGUGGAAGUGAUUCAAAAAUUAAACUAUCAGUUACUUGAGUCUCACAAGCAGAUAGAUCAAUUGGAAGUUGAUAAACAAUAUCAGACUACGGAAAUAAAUAAUUAUAAAGUUCAGAUAAAUCAACUUAAUGAACAGAUUCGUGUCAAUACGGAAGAAUAUAAUCAGACUACUCUCGAAAAUGAAGAACUGCAAAAAACGUAUGAUAAACAAUUGGCUAAAGUUCAAAAGGAUAUGUCGUCACUUGUUGGUAAAUUCACAGCUGAAAAUGAAAGUCAGAAAAGCAAACAUGAGCAAGAAAUAAAAGAACUCGAAGCUAAGCAUCAAGUUGAAGUAACGCAGAUUAAACAGAGCUAUGAAGAACAAUACAAAGGAUUGUUUGAACGUUUUAAUACAGAGUUACCAGCACUUGAGAGUAAACAUGCCAAAGAGCUGCAUGUUUUUCAAUCUCAGUUGUCGACUUACAAAAAAACUGUAGACAACCUCAAGCUGGAGUUGGACAAUCGAAUGAAAUCGGAACAAUUGAUUAUGUCUGACUUAAACAAUGUGAAGAGACAGUUAAUGCAGUGCCAACAAGACAAAGAAAUGCUUGAUGAGCAAAUAAAAUUACACAAAUUACAGGUCGAAGAGUUGACUGUUAAAUACGUCGCUGCUAGCAGUGUUUUGAAUUCGAAAGAAAGUAUUGAAAGAUCUUUGGAGGAGGCGUUGAUAAAUGUAGAGACACUGAAACGUGAGAAUGAAACUCUUAAAUUGCAGUAUGAUGAUAUCAGUGCUAGAUUUUCGGCAGCUCAAGCUUUAAUAGAAAAUACUCAAUCACAAGAAAAAGUCAUAAAUUAUAAAGGUUAUGAAUAUGAUAAAUCAUUGUCGCGUAUGAGUGGUUUUAAUGCCAGUUUUGCUAGUGAAGUUAAUGCCACAACUUACCAGACAAUCGACGACAUGGGCAUCCAGUAUGAGAUAGUGAAAAAACGCUUAGAGGAAAAAGAAUCAUUGGAGAAAAAAUUAGUCGAUACAAUUCAUGGUCUUGAAGACAAAGUUUCUAGGAUUACUAAACAACUUGAAGAAACAAAUUUGGAAAAAGAAUCUUAUGAGAAGCAGUUUAAAGAUAUGAAAAAUAGAUGUGAUAAAAUGAUGUCUGAAUUGAAGACAAUUAAAGAAUCAAAUGCUACAGUACCUCAACCUUUUCCUAGUUCUCUUUAUUUUCCUGAUGGUAAUCCUUCAUCACUCAAUGAUUCUUUGUCAAAACAACAAGACAAUCGCGAUGAUUCGAAUAAAAUCGAGUCUUACAGGAAGGAAAUUGAGGAGUUGAAGUUGGCCAUUCAGCAGAAAGAUCACGAGCUUCAAGAAGCUGAUAAUAAACUCCGUAAAGCAAUGGAGAAAGUUAAGAUGUACAAAAGUGAAUGUGAUCAAGCUAGGAGUGGACUUGCGAGAGCUUGGGAGCAUUGCGCUGAAGUUGGCGAACGUUUAAAUCAAACACUUGCCGUCAAUGAAAGUCGGUUUACUGAUUCACUCAUGACGACAUUAAGUCAUAACAAUACUACCAGUAAUGAUCUAGUCGAUCAAUUGGAAACAAAUCAAGAUCCAUCUAGUGAUAAAUUUGCCAUGUCCGCUUGUAAAUACGAGGAUGAGAGUAUUAGCACAUCGGAUAAAAUUUCUAGUCUUAGUAAUUUGGGUAAGCAAUUAAGUUUUCUGUACGUGAGGACGGAAAAUAUUGAGUUGGAAAAUCAAAAAUUAAAGGAAGAAAAUAUGGAGCUUUUGAAAGCACGAGAUAAUUGGGAUAAAAUAAAAACUGACAUGGAGAAACGUCAUGCUGAAGAAAUGGAAGAGGUGAGAACGUAUUUUGAGGCAAAAUGUGUACAAAUAGAGAAACAAUAUUCUGAAGAAGUAUUCAGUCAGCAAUCGAAGAAAGUGUCUGAUGACAGCGAAGCUGAAGAGAUGGCUGAUGAUUUGUAUUGUGGAGGCGGCGGCGAUUGUAUUGUCAAUAUUAAUAAUAAUGUUGGUGAUAAUUACAAAGACGAAAUGACAGCUGAUAAUUAUCAAGUACACAGUAAACAUGAAGAUUUAAAUCGUAAUUCUAUCAUUGGAACUCAGGUACAUCAGCUUUGUCAAACAGAAUUGGAUGCUGCUGUCGAGAAUAGCGAGUUGACCGAGCUGAGGGCUGCCUACAGCCAGCAGCUUGAAGAACAAAUUGCACUUGCCAAAUGCGACAUUGUCAACGCACUACAGGAACAAAUUCAGGCACUAGUGAGUGCCGAAUCUUAUACAGAAGAAAAUUGGCCGCCGGAAUUACUGGAACUCCGUAAUAAAUUCACCAAUAACGCAAGACGUGAUAUAGAAAAAUUAAGGGAAGAUCAUUUACAUGAAAUAAAUCAAUUGAAGGAAGAACAUUCUCGUAAUUUAUCUAAAACAAUUGAACGUUACCAAGAAGAAGUUAAUAAAUUAAUUAUUGAAAUUGAGGCUCACAAUAAAAAUAAACGUAUUAAUUUAACGGACAGUAAUGAUGAUUCUGUACAACGAGAUAAUUUAUACAAAACUUGUGCGACACUAAAAAGUUUAGUUCAAGAACUCAUUAAAUAUUUUAUUACCUGUGAGGAAGAAUUAAAUAAUACGUUAAUAACACAAGUAUUAAAACGACAGAUAUCAAAUAUAAAUAAUUCAACAAAUGAUGAAACGGAUUUAGAUAUAAGUGAAGCAGAAAUUGAUUUGCCGUCAUCUACAUCUGCAUCUCCUACGAUGAAAAUAAAACGAGUUCACUUUGCCCCUCUGCCUAGUCAGAUAUCGACAAUUAUGAAAAGAGAUUCAAAUAUUAUAAUUGAUUUAAUUGAAGCUGACAAUGAUAUUGCUGUUAAAUUCCGCGCUGAAUUGGAAAAAUGUUUGGAAAGAUUGAAAAGCGAAAGUGAAAAAAUAUUUGACGUCAAUUUAUCAUCCGGUGACUCUGUUAUUGAUACUCUGUCAAAACAAAUUUCUUGGACAACUAAAAUUAAUGAAGAACUCAAUGCUAAACUUUCUGAAGCUGAGAGUACGAUUGAACAGUAUCAGGAUGAAUCGCAUCAGUUGAAAUUUAAAAUAAUGGAUCUUCAGCAAAAAUUGAUAGCCAUUGAUAGUAGAAAAGAAAUAAUAUCUGAAGGAUAUGGUGAGCAGGAUAAUACGGAAAGAGAACUUGUUGUACCAGAUUUUAAUCAGUUACAUGAAAGAGCGAGACAAGCGAUUAUGAGUGGAGCUGGUGAUAAUUCAUAUUUGCUCCAACUGAUUGAAGAAUUAUGCAGAUAUCACGACAAACAAUCAGAAGAUAUUAGAAAAGAAAAAGAAGAUUUGCAGCAACAGCAGGUGUUUAUCUCCCCUCCUUCCCAAACCAUUUCAAGGGUUCGAUGUCAAAAGAUCGAAGCGGCGGAUAAGCAAUUACGUUCAACUCGCAAGUUCCUCGAGGAGCAAGCCAGCGAGCGUGAGAUUGAACGCGACGAUGCAGCACGACAAAUACAAGCAUUACAAGAACAGAUUAAAGAACGUGAACGUGAGAAGGAACGCGAUUUACGUAUAACAUCUGAGUCGUCUUCACUGUCGCCUGAACCACCGUUGGUCAUUCCCAUGCCUCAAAAAUCUGAUGGCCAAGAUGUUGAAGGAUUGGAGGUUCAAAUACGUGAGAUGUCACAAACAAUAUUAGACUUUGAGUUCAAAAAAUCUGCUGUGGAGGAAGAAUUGAAGUCAGCAGUAGACAAAAUAUGGGAAUUGCGGGACAUUAUAGUGAGUUUGGAGACUCAGCUUGAAUCUAAAACAGAAAUAGAGAGAAACUUGAUAAGCCAGAGUGAACAGAUGAAAGAGAUAAUUUCCUCCCAGACUCAGCAUCAGCAGGAGCUGGUCCAAGAGCUGGAGACGCUGAAAAUGGGCGGUGAGAGUACGCAGACCGAUCAUAUAACUCAUCUGCAAGAAGAAUUGAGGAAACAUAAAUUGAGUACUGAGCACUUUAACGUCAAUUCAACGGCUUUGAAGCAAAUGAAAUCCGAGCUACAAGACAUGCAGAAUCACUUGGAUAAAAAAACUAAAGAAUUGGAGACACUUCAUAUGUGCGGUUCCAGUCUGAGUAUUAGUCAACCGAGUGAAGAUGUGUCUAUACGUGAUCAAAUUGACGCUACAAGAUGUCCCACACCUGACGACCCUAAUGCGCCGCCUACUCUACCGCUUGAUCAGCUUCUUAAAGUUAAAGAAAAAUUAUUGAAACACACCCGAGCUGAAGAAGUUGCCCUCAAACGGAUUAAAGAUCUUGAUAUGCAAUUAUCUGCAUUGAAAAUUCUAAAUGAGGAGUUGCAAGCAGAGCAAGAAAUUUUACAGCAAACAAAUUCAGAGCAAUUGUUCCAAAUAGAAACAAUGCGGGGUAGAUUGGAGCAGUAUAAACAGAGUGCACCUUUUGCCCAGAGACAAGCCACCUCACGUAUUGAAUUACAGUUGCACGAAGCGAAUACUAAAGUUCAUUCAAUGGAGCAGGAGUUGGCUAACAAGGACCUUGAGUUACUUGACGUCAAGUAUCAGCUUGAACGUACAUCUCAAUUGCUGCAGGACAAACAGGAUGAGCUUCUUACUGUCGUUCAAACUGAAAACGGGAUAAUUAAUGAGUUGAAAAAUCGUGUAGAAAUUUUAGAGCAGGAAAAACGGGUUUUUGAAUCUAAACUCAGUAUUCAAGAACGCGCACAGCAAGAAUUACCUCAACUGAUUGAGUCAAUGCUUACUGAUAAAAACGAAGAAAUCGAUCAUCUUAAAGAGCAAUUGUCCAAGAAAGAAAAGCAGUUUGAAGCUUACGCUUCUCAACAGCUGGAAGAAAGCAACAACGCUAAGAAUGAACCGAAAAACAGCGCAAGAACAUUGAGCGAUAUAUUGUCAAUACAUUCAGAGUGUGAGGAGGUAGCAGAAGCUAUUCGUGAGAAUUCAAAUGUUUUGCACAACACACCUUUAAAUAUGUCCUCUGCAAAAGUUCCCAGUUCAUUUUCUCCAAAUGAUCAAUUCGAUGGAUCAUCAGUUCCUUUUAUAGAUUUACAAAAGUCUGAUUUAAGGAUUCCACCCCUUGAAUUAAGCAGCCAACCGUACAGUUUUGCAAGCUCUCAGCACGUUUCCCAGCCACAGUUAUCAGCAGCCGAGUCUGUGCACAGCGAAGGAGACAUUACUUCACCCAAACGUGCCAACAGCAUUCGUUCUGACAGAACUACUGUAGGAUCAGCGAAUAAAAAUAAACAAUCCGGUGAUACUUUGAAUAAAACGUCAGAUAAAACAACUCCGACACGAACUAAAUCAGUAUUAGUAGGGUCUAGUUUAUCACAACCGUGCAUUGAAGAUCUAGAAAAUCAAUUGAAAGCAAUCCACAAAGAAUUGCAAGCUAAAUCAGCGACUUUGAGUAAGCGCGAGUCGGAACUCGAUGCUUUGCAAAAAAGUCUUGAUGAAUUGCGCGCUGAAUUUAAGGAAUCAAUCGAUACGGUAACACGUGAUAAAAUAUUUUAUAAAAAUCAGUAUGAAUUGUCGCAGGAAUCGGAAAAUAAAAUUCGCAAAGAUUUUGAGGAGAUUGAAAAUGUUCUGAAGAUACGCAAUGAAGAGUUGGAUAUUUAUAGAGACAAGAUACAAUCAAAUGAACAACUGUUGCAUGAAUUGGAAAAUGAGAAUGACACGUUGAGAAAAGACAUCAGAAAAUUAAGCGAAGAUAAUUUAACUUUUCAAACGACAAUGCGGGAAAAAAUCCAGGAAUUGAAAAAUUUAAAAGACAUUAUUUUUGAAAAAGACAUCACGAUUGAGACCAUAAAAACUCGUAAUGUUGAAAUUGAAAACGAGAAUAAACAACUGUAUACUUUUAAAACAAAAUUUGAAAGCUGUCGUAAGGAUUUGAUUGAAAAACAGAGCGACAUUAAACGUAUGACUGACGGGAUAAACAGUCGGGAUGAAUUAAUUCAGCGAUUGGAAGAAAUGGCGAGACGCGGAAGUUUGUCUAAUACUUAUCCGAUGACUGAUAAAGACCAGGAGAUUCAUCAUCUGCAGGAGUACAUUAAGGAAAAGGAUAAAGUGAUAAAGCAGAUGACUGAUGACAGCAAAAGUCUGCAGCGUUCUCUAGAGACCAUUCAGAAUAAAAUAAAAGAGUCUGGAAAUGUAAUUGAGUUGAGGAAAAAAUUGAAAGAGGAGAGAAUGUUUAAUGAUGAGUUGACUAAAAUGGUGGCUAAGUUGAAACACGAGUUGGAAAUUUUGAAGGAUGAGUCUGUGAGACAGUCUUCGGAGGGGGCUGAUAUUGAAGAUAUGGUGCAGCGGGAACUUAAUUUGUCUGCUGAUUUAGACAGGAAAAUAUUGGAUGCUAUAGAAAAUGAUUCGGAAGAAUUAACAAUGAGUAGGAGAAUAGAGCAUGCUUGUAAUUCAAUGUCAAUUAGACCUGUAGAACAGGACAUUGAAAAAAUAAUGCAGCAGUAUACCGAAAUUCGUCGUAAAUUAAAACAAGCAAAUAAAUUAAAUGAGCGAUUGAUGCAUGAAAAAAAUGAACUGGAGAUUGAACAAGAUAUAUUUAAAUCACAAAUAAUGGAUUAUGAAAAUAGAAUACUGGAAAUAAAGUCCGACUUAGACAGUGAGUUUAAAAAAAAUCAAACGUCAGCUGAAGAUUUAUCAGGACAAAAAAUAAUAAUACGUGAUUUACAAUUGCAAGUACAAAAAGAAAAAAAUAAGUCACGUAGAAUGCAGAUGGAGGAUGCUGAUAUUAUAAAAGAAUUGAGAUUACGAUUGACUACGUCUUUGGAGGUUGAAAAAGAACUGCGUGAUAAUUUAUCAACUGUGAGACAGAAUUAUAAAUUAUUGCAGGCUAAAUUUAACAGUCUUAAGAAUACAAUGGAACCGGAGAGAUCGGCAAAUAUUUCGUCGUCUCCUGAGCUACAGGAAGCCGAAAAGAACGAUCUGAUGAUGGCUGAAAAAUAUGAGAAAGCUGUCAGAGAGAUCAUUGAGUUGCAGGAUUCGUUGAAAAUAAAUGAAGCCGAAAAGAAUCGGUAUGAAAAGCAGCUAGAGAUUGAGCUAGAGGAGCGGGAACGUUUGCUGAGUCAGAUAACUCUCGUUGAAAGUGCGAAGGAACAUCUGGAAGUUGAAUUGAAACGCACCAAAGAGGAGUUGAAGAGUCAUAGAGACGAGUCUAAAUGGUUGAAGAAACGGCUGGAUAGUAUUUUAGAGGCCGAUGAUAAGAAACAAGCCCAGCGUACUGACGAACAAACCGAACUGAAGAGUUUGAGACACGAAGUCAAGAGUAUCAAGGAGGUGAUGCGCGACUUGGAAAUUGAUUCAUCAGAAUUAAAGAGACAAUUAGAACGAGCGCAAGUCGAGCAAAAUCAGUUGACUCACGUGGUGAUGACUCUGAGGAAAAAUGAAAAUGAACUUCAUAAAAAAUUGAACUCCGCUAAAAAAGAAGGCGAACGUUUGAAGGAAGUCAUUGUUGAUCUAAGAAGAGAACUGGAAGCUCGAUUCCACAGGGAGUUGGAGCUGUCAAAAGAAUUGCUCCAAGAUACGUUGGCCGGUGAUAAAAAUUCCUCCACGAGUGAUAACAAUGCCUCAGCUAAAUUGGUCGAGACGAUCAGCGAGUUGACCAAUGAAAUUGCUAGAUACUCGCAGGAAAAGGGUGUUCUGAUCGAUAAAUUAAUUAGAGCUCGGGAGGAAAUUGAAAGGAAUGUUAUACGAGUAAGAGAGUUGGAGUCACUGCUACAGCACAGUGACAACGUAAGUUCCAGCAAUGAUCACCAGCUUGUUGCGAAACUGCACCACCUUUACGCAAAAUACAUGCGAGUAGACAGCAAACGAAAGGCUCUGGCUUUCCAAAAACGUUACUUACUUUGUGUUAUUGGCGGCUACCAGGUGUCGGAAGAAAACACGCGGUCGAUGCUGGCCAAAUUGACUUCCGUCGAACGUUCAUUUAUAUCAGAACAGACACUCAAUGUUAUUAAGACGUGUCCCAAAGCGCGUUUCAGAUCAGCAGUAUUACUUGUCAUUGCCGUGCGUCGUAUGAAGUGGAUGGUACAGAGAUGGAGAAGCGGUAAAAGAAAACCAGCGCCCACAUUACUCAGUAACUCAGACCAGUCAUACCCCGCACUGCGUGUUCAUCAAGCAAAUAAUUUUCGAAACAAUAGUAGAAGUGCUGCAGCCACAGUUACUACUUCUGCGAAUGUUGAUAAUGGCAAUCACGGAGUCAUUGAUUAUGAAUAUUACGCGCAACGAUUCAAUAACAUCGAAAAUAUCCUUGGGCUGGCGAUGAGUGAGGCUGAUUCGAAUAAUUCAGCGACACAUUAACAUAACUAUUGACUUUCAUUAUUUUUUUCUUCUUAAAUUAAUUAAAAUAUUUAAUAUUUUUAUUUAUAAUUAAGCAUUUUAUACGAAUUUUUAUUUUUCCUUGUGAAGGAGGCAAAAGUUUAUAAAUUUACAUUUAAAUUGUGUUUUUUAAAAAUUAAUUUUAAUUGUUGAUAAUUUAUAUUUAAAAAAAUAAUCGACACACUUGGGACAUUUAAUAGUGAUGUGUAAAAUUUUAAUUGUAUAAAGAGUGUCAUAAUUGUUGGUACAAUUUACACGGUUCUUCCAUCUGCAAAGUAUCACCAAAGUUUAUUUUUCUUUUUAUUUUAUAAUAUUACUACGAGAAACGAUAGAUUAAAAGCCGCAUGUUAAUAAUAAUUAAUAAUUACAACCAUUAAUAAAUAAUAAAUAAAUUGUUGAUAAAUUGUAACUCAGUGCCUUUGUAAUAGUUAGUACAUAUUCAGUAUUUAUUGUGAGUCUUUUCUUUUUAUAACUGUGAAUAAAAUGUUGCCUUAGUGUUUAAAUA